AUGUAUUGUCGAAAUUACAAUAAAAAUUCUUGGGCAGUUUUAGGAGGAAAUUAUAAAAAUUUUAUUUUAAAUUGUAAAAAUUUGAAGGAAAUUAAUAUAAAUAUCUCGACACUUGUACGAUUUCAACUGCUUGAUGUGAAAUCGUCGAGGGAUUCUUUCAAUCGAACCUAA